AAAUUUCCGCCAAUGGGAUUCCAGGAUUGUUUGACACACCUCCCCACACUGAAUACAAACAAAUCUGCCGCCACCGCGAAGUUACAUAAGUCAAAAUAUUACGAUAGUACUUAGUUGGUUAGGCCUAGGCUAGUGUGCCUGAAUGGAUGUGUUGUUGUGUUAUUGGAAUAAAGUAAAGGGCCUGCUAUACAGAAUUUUACACUGGUGGUGGCUUAAACUCGCACCUCAUUAUGCUUUUAUCAUGACUGAUAUGCUACAACUUGCCCAUGAAGCUGUAGAAAACAGGAAUUUUGAUUUAGCGACCGAAAUCUACGACAGGCUUUUGAAGGAUUCUGAACCUACGACAGAAGUGCUAGUCGGCAAGGGAGACUGUCUAGCGAAGGCUGGUAGGUUGUCGGAGGCCUUCGAUGCUUACGCUUAUGCUUGUCGUCUUGGGGAAGUUAAGCCUGAGAAAUUAAUCAGUCUUGUCGAUUCUUUAGUAGGCAAAUUGUGUAAUAAAGAAGGUUUAUCUGUUCAAGAUUGUAUGAAUAAACAGUUGGACAUGUUUUCCUGUUUAUUUUGCUAUAGUAUUUUGUUUGAACCUACAACAUUGUCUUGCGGCCAUACGUUCUGCAAAUCUUGUUUUAUAAAACACAAAGCAAGGACAUGUAAAAUGUGCAGUGAAUUCAGUGACCCAGAAAGAGGAUUUCCAGUAAAUGUUGAUGUUUUAUUAAGUGGACAGUUAGAGAAAUAUUUUUCAUCUGCUUACAAAGCUGCCAAAUUGAAAAACGAAGCAAAUGUAAAGUUUAAUGAAGGCGACUUCGAUGGGGCAAUAAAAUUAUACUCGGAUGCAUCAGCUUUAGCACCAGUUGAUCAUUUGAUUCCCAGCAACAAGUCUCACGUUCUAAGUGUGCAAAAAAAGUUUUCGGAAGCCAUUGAAGAGGCGAACAGAGCGUGCAAACUUCAACCCCUUUGGCCAAAGGGAUAUUUCAGAAAGGGAUGCGCACUUAUAAUGGCAGGGAAGUAUGAAGAAGCUCUAAUGUCGUUACUUCAGGGACUAUCGCUUGACCCCAAUGCCACCAGCGCUAGAACAACACUGGCUCAGGUACUACAGAAAAUUUUAACUCCGUUACCAACAUCGGAAGAUUUAAAAUGUGCGGAACUUCAACAUCAUGGUAUUCUUGGUAGGUGUGCGCAUGGAAUGACAACACCAUUCAGUGUCUUCUCAUCUGGAUUGGAUGACCUGGCAUUGGAUGACCUGGCAUCAUCAAUACUUGUAGAUUUUAACCAAUCAGUACAAGGAGGGAGUACAGGUAGUAACCAAUCAGGUGACAGAGGGAGUUCGAGUAGUAACCAAUCAAUUGAAGGAGAAAGUGCGAGUAGUAACACUAGCAACCAAAGCUCUUCCACAGGUGUAUGCUCCAAG